CCUCGCGAAUAAUGGAGACUUGUCGGUAACGUCGGUCGAUUGACAGCGACUCUGCGACAACGCGUUAACCUGUCUGUUGUGGUUUUACUUGAUUUUUUUACUCGAGAUAGAAUUUAAUUAAUCAAUUAAUUAACGAAAAUGGGCAGCGGCGAUGAUGAAGCGCCCAACAUCAUCCAGUUUAAGAAGAAGAAGAAAAAAUCUUUAAGGAAACGCGAAGCUCUUUCAGAUGAUAAUGACAGCGAGGGGGAAAAGGUGUCUCUCAGGGAGAAGGUCGAGGAGAUGAAGAUCAUUCAAAAACUACGCGAGAGGCCGGCUGGCGUCGACGUCGUUGGUUUGGCUCUCGGAGAAAGUGUCGCGUCUGAUGUCAUAACGUCGGAUCCCUUUAACAUGAAAACCGGAGGAAUGGUAAAUAUGGCUGCACUGAAGAAUCCAAAACACAAGCCAAACGACGCGUACGAAACUGGCAUUGGAACGCAGUUCAACGCAGAGACUAAUAAACGUGACGAAGAUGAAGAAAUGGUCAAAUACAUAGAGGAAGAAUUGUCAAAGCGCAAGAGUAAGACUAAUAACGAUGCGACGAAUAGCGCGAAUAACGAGAAGGGAUCGUAUUGCUCACCUGAGGAGGCGGCGUUGCGCGCGGUGCCGGAACAUCUGAGACAAAGUUCAGCCAAUCGUAGCGAGGAAAUGCUUUCAAAUCAAAUGCUCUCUGGUAUUCCGGAAGUUGACCUCGGCAUAGAAGCUAAAAUUCGUAACAUCGAAGCUACCGAAGAGGCAAAAUUGAAACUUCUUUGGGACAGACACAGAAAGAAAGAUGGACCCUCGCAGUUUGUUCCUACGAAUAUGGCCGUGAAUUUCGUGCAGCACAACAGAUUUAACAUAGAAGACUCAGAGUUCCAGAAAUCGCAGCAAGAAUCCGGUGACAAGAAAAAAUGCCCCACCAAAGAGGACAUCCGAGGAAAGCGAAAAGACAACGGGGAGAAGGCGACGGACGAUUAUCAUUACGAGAGAUUUAAAAAGCAAUUCAGACGAUUUUAAAUCUGACUGUACUAUUAGCUAAUUAUACUUUUUGAAUACAUCUAACGUUGGCAAUUUCUUACAGCAGAUAUAUAUAUUUUUUAAUUACAAAUCGAAAAAUCAAGAAACAAUGCAAUGUCACGACAGUUA